UCCACUGUGGAGGAGGCGGGCCGCCAGGUGCGCUCGGGAUGAUGUACCUCUGGCUGGUGAUAGUCCUUUUAGCUGUGCUGCUGUGGGCCUGGAGGUCUACCAAGCGACCGGCGUGGAGCCCAAAGGGACCACCACUGAUGCCGUGGGUGGGAAACCUCUUCUCCAUGGACUUGAAGCACGCCCACCACACCUACGCCGAAUGGGCCAAGAUGUAUGGUGCCAUCUAUCAUGUCAAGAUUGGCGUCAUGCACCAGGUUGUGAUCAGCGAUCCCGACUUGAUCCGAGAAGCCUUCAGUCGACUUGAGCUCAGCGGUCGACCCGACACUCAACUAUUUCAGUUUAUUGUGAAGGGAACGGGACUAGUCUCUUCCCAGGGUGAGUUAUGGCAGGAAUCCAGGCGUCUGACGCUUCACCACCUGCGCAACUUGGGCAUGGGCAAGUCCAAACUGGAAGAGUAUAUGCACUAUCAGAUCACCAGUUACAUGGACGAGAUUCUGGCGCCGAACUGCGGCUCUGAGCUUGCCUUUGACACGUCUUUGAACGUCGCCGUGGUCAACAUUCUCUGGAAGCUGGUCGCGUCGGAGGAGCUGAGCCUCACCGACACCAAGGUCCUGAACGCCAUCACUACACUUUCACAAGGUGUCGAGGUUGCCCAGGGCAUGGCAAUUCUUGAUGCCGCUCCAUGGCUUAGCAACGUGUUGCCAAGUUUUGUUUUCAAUAAGGCAAAGAUUGAAAAGCAAUUUGAAAGUGUAGUGGAUGAUGUGUUCAUGCCCUCCAUCAAGAAACAUCUUGAAGAUCUUGAUACGCUCAGUGAGCCUCGCGACUACAUGGAGGCCAUGCUUCGAGAACAGCAGGAACGACCGGACCUGCUGACCGACCGGCACCUGCUCAUGUCGGUGAUGGAUCUGUUUUUCGCUGGCAACGACACGACGGCUACGACCCUGCGCUGGGCAUUCUGCUUCCUGUGCAGCCGCCCAGAGGUCCAGCGGCGUCUGCAGGCCGAGCUUGACGGCCAGGUGGGCCGGCAGCGGCUGCCGUCCCUCUCGGACAGGUCGCGUCUCCCGUACGUCGAGGCCGUGCUGCUGGAGACGCAGCGGUUGGCCGACAUCACACCCCUGCUGGUGAUGCAUCAGUCGCUGGCGCCUGUCGACGUCGGCCGACACCGGCUGCCGGCUGGCGUCCAGGUCAUCGCUAACGUACACAGCGUGCACCACAGCGAGCGGCUGUUCCCCGAGCCGCUGCAGUUCCGGCCCGAGCGUUUCCUGGACGCCGACGGCAAGUUUCAGCCGGACAAGAACGUCAUGCCGUUCUCAGUGGGCAAGAGACAGUGUGUGGGCGAGAGUAUGGCGCGGGCUGAGCUGUUCCUCUUUGUCACCUGCUUCAUGCAAAAGUUUACCUUCCAUUGGCCAGAGGGGUUCACACACGACCUGGGAGAAGAUCCAAAAGGCACGUUCCUUCGCAACCCCAAACCGUACAAGCUCGUACCAGAGAGGCGCUGA